CGUCUCCUCUGAAGUGUCUUCUGUAACGCGGGGCGGAUGGAGCUGUUGAACCCUGUGGAGCGUCUGAUGUUUGUAGGUCACAGAUGAUCAUGUGUGGCUGUUUUACAGAUGUUUGCUGUUGUUGGUCUCAUUAGGGUUCAGGUUUAUUCUCGCCCACCGACAGACGAACACACACGUCAAGCAGAUCAAGUGAAGACUACAGAUUUGUCAUCUGGUUGAACAUUACACAGACAGAACUGGCUGAGCUGCUGAAGGGGGCGUGUCUCUGUGUCAGAGAGAGAGAGAACGAGCGAGCGAGCGGAUCUCUCACACACUCCAGCGUGCCGCUGCUGUCAGAUGCCAGAGGCUGCGGUUGUGCAUGCGGGUCUGCGCGGCUGACACACGGAUGAGAGGCGCUGCGCGUGUGCGUGCCGUUCUGGAGGGAGAGCCGCGAGCCGCCGCGGGAGAGCGAGACGGCUGCCGUAUCCCUGAGCACGAGGAUGGGCUGCAAUCUGUGUAGUUUACAGAAGAGAGAGGAGCAUUACAAACUACUGUACGAGAUCUCACAGGUGAACGGGAGGGAUCUGUCCAGAGCCAGUCAUGAGGAGGCGGUGGAAGUUUUGCGCAGCGCUAAAGACCCCAUCGUGGUGCAGGUGCUCCGGCGGACGCCUCUGCCCCGGGGUCAAGGCUCGUCGCAGGACGUCCAGCUGGUGGACGUGUGCACGCAGACGGAGAUCACCUUCGAGCACAUCAUGGCUUUGGCCAAACUCCGUCCCGUCACGCCGCCCGUGCCGGAUAUCUGCCCCUUCCUCCUGUCGGACAGCUGUCACUCUCUGCACACGAUGGAUCAGGAAUACUUCGAGGGCAGCGAGUAUCUGUCCAACAUGGCGGCGGACGCGGAGAGGACCGAUGACUUUGAGUACGAGGAAGUUGAACUGCGUCGCAUGAGCAGUCAGGAGAAGCUCGGCCUCACGCUGUGCUACAGGACGGACGACGAGGAGGACGUCGCCAUCUACGUCAGCGAGAUCGAGCCGAACAGCAUCGCCGCACGAGACGGUCGAAUCCGAGAAGGCGAUCGUAUUUUACAGAUAAAUGGGCAGGACGUUCAGGACAGACAGGAAGCGGUGGCCGUUCUCUCGAAUGAAGAAUGCAGGAAUAUCGUGCUGCUGCUCGCAAGGCCGGAAAUGCAGGAGGAGCCGUGGCUGGAUGACGAACACAGCGAAUUCUUGGAGGAGCUGAAGAUGGAAAUGCUGGAGGAGCAGAGGAGAGAAGAGGAGGAGGAGGAUAUGAAGAGAGCGGCUCGAGAGGAAGACGAGAAGGCCAGAGCAACUCAUGACGAAACCAUCACGGCGUCCUGCUCCUACAACCACGAGAAGAUCAUCGAUCCGACGACCGGCUCGGAGAAGAACGUCCUCGCGCAGAUCCAGAAGAAGCUAUCGCGGUGUCUGCGGCAGAGCUCACCUUCGGGCCGGAGCUCAGCGGAUGGAGCGGAGAAGGACGAGCGCUAUCGGCAGCUCCUGGAGCUGAAGUGCCAGAUCCGCAACAGCGGCGAGUAUGACCUGUUCUACGCGCGCAGCAGCACCAUCGAAUGCAGCCUGACGGAGCCGAGUGGCGGCGUGGAGCGCGAGCUACGUAUGCUCAACGAGGAGCUGCGCAGCAUCGAGCUGGAGUGCCAGAACAUCAUGAAGGCUCAUCAGCUUGGAUCCCGCAAGCUGGCGGACAUCAGCGAGCAUCCCGAGAAGUCGGACAAGGACAGUUCGAGCGCAUACAACACAGCCGAGAGCUCACGCAGCACGCCGCUAGCCAUGGACCGCUCUCCGGAGCGCCGCAGGGUCAGCCUGACCAACCAGAAGAACCUGCUGGCACUCCGACGGGCACCGAGCGGCAGUCCCGACCACAGCAACCCGUCCGAGUCCGAGCAGACGCCUCCCGAAGGCUCCCACUCACGGAUUCCCACUUGGUGCCAGCGGGCAGUUGACGUUCCGGUGCAUGCGCGACAGUACCAGAGCUACGUGCAGCUGAUCCAGCAGCAGUCGGCAGUAGAGUUCGCUCUGGGCGGUCCGCAGGUCACUCGGCCUUCUGAACCCAAGAUGGAGUGGAAGGUGAAGGUCCGGAGCGACGGAACCAGGUACAUCACCAAACGUCCCGUCCGUGACCGUCUCCUGCGGGAGCGAGCGCUCAAGAUCAAGGAGGAGCGCAGCGGCGGCAUGACGACCGAUGACGACGCCAUGAGCGAGAUGAAGAUGGGACGCUACUGGAGCAAGGAGGAGCGCAAGCAGCACCUCCUGCGGGCCAAAGAGCAGCGGCGGCGGCGGGAGUUCAUGCAGCGGAGCCGCUUGGAGAGCCUGCGGGAGAAUCCGCUCAGCAGCGGAGAGGGACGCAAGGAGGCGAGCAUCAUCGAACUCAGCCACCGCAAGAUGAUGAAGAAGCGGAACAAGAAGAUUCUGGACAACUGGAUGACCAUUCAGGAGCUGAUGACGCACGGAGAGAAAGCGCCUGAGGGAUCCAAAGUUCACAACGCCUUCCUGUCGGUCACUACUGUAUAGAUUCACACACUUCUCAAACUUUACCCCAUGCGGUACGAUCUACUUUUGCCUCGUUCAAUGCGGCGAUUUUUAUGAGAAAAGACGAGAAUAUUUUUCACACUUUGUUAAUGUUUUCUAAGCAAUUCAACGAGUUUCACUGCAUUUUUUUAAAUGCUUUUUUUUGUUACCGGAAUAUUUCAACUAAGCACCUGAAGGAAUAUUUCACACAAACAUUACAGUUCUGUCAUUAUUCACUUUCACUCCAAACCUGCAGGACUUUCUACAACGUCUCUAAGAGGAUAUGGUGAUGGAAGAAUAUGACAUGCGAGGAAAAAUUAUUUCAGUGUUUUUGAGCGUGCUAGCGGUAGUUUGGCAUUUCCUCAAACUUUUACAAUUGUCAAUAUGAACUUUGCAUUUGUUCAUUUACACACUGGAGUUUUGCUUUACAUGCAAAAUCUAAAAAAAGUUUUUAAUUUUUACUGUUCACUCUUUUAAUCGCUGAAGUUUUGCUUUUGGCCAAGAAUUUUUUUUCUCAAAUUUUUAAUUUAGACCUUGCAUUUGCUUGUUUAAUCACUACAAUUUUAUUUCUACCAAGUUUUUUCAAACUUUUACAUUUAUUUUCAGUACCAAAAUAGUAAAUCAAAUGAAAUUUUAGAUUUUUUUUUCAAAAUGUAGAAUUUGAACUUUACAUUCAUUUUCCAGCUUUCUCACUGAAAAGAAUUAUAAUUUAUACUUUGUGUUCAAUCAUUUAAUUUGUUUUACUUUCGACUAAGAAUGUUUUUUCUUGUUUCUUUUUUUUAAAUUUUGAAUUUAGAUUUAUAUUUUGAAUUUAUAUAUUUUUAAUUUAAACUUAGCGUUCGCUCAUUUUAAUCACUAACAUUUACUUUCGCUGAAGAAAAUUUUUCUACAUUUUAGUUUUGCAUAAUUUUUUUCAAAAUUUGGAAUUUAUACUUUGCAUUCACUUUCUCAAUCACUAAGCUUUGCUAUUGCCUAAUACAUUUUUUCAAAAUGUAUAAUCUAUACUUGUGUUCACUGGUGUUCAAAUCACUAGUUUUGUUUUCACCUAAGAAAAUUGUUAACAUUUUGUCCUUCACUCAAGAUUUUUUCAGAAUUUAGAAUUUGAAUUUUACAUUCACUGUUUGCUCACUGAAAAAACCAACCAAGAAUGUUUUUGUUUGUUUUUCAAAAAUUUGAAUUUAUAUUUUGCAUUCGCUUAUUUUAAUCACUAACUUUUGCUUUUGCUCAAGAAAAUUUUUCUAAAUUUUAGUUUUGCCUAAUUUUUUUUUCAAAAUUUUGAAUUAAUAUAAUAUAACAUAUAUUUAAUAUUUCAUAAAUUGUUUUCGCCCAAGAAUUUUUACAAUUUGAAUUUGCUCUUUGUAUUUUCAAGUUGUCUUUUCGCUCAAGAAAUUUUUUCUAAAUUUUAGUUUUGCUUUUACAUAAUAAAUUAUUUUCAGAAUUCAAAAUCUGUACUUUGUGUUUAACUUUGUUUAAUCACUAAAGUUUUGCUUUUGCCUAAGAUAUUUUUUUUUCUAAUUUUUGCUUUCGCCCAAUUUUUUUUUUCAAAAAGUAUUACCUUUAUCCAAGAAGAUAUUUUUCAAAA